GGCUAGGCACCACUUCCUGAGAGGAAGCUCAGGGGCCCAGGAGCCUCACUCUCCCUCCCAGCCUUGUCUUCCCCCAGAGCUGAGAAGUCCUCCCCUAGCAGCUUCUUGGUGUUACCAGUUUUCUUUCAGGGACAUAGCAGUGCCCAGCCAAAUUGGUCAUGGCUGCAAUGUAUGCCUCGGUGCAGAAGAGAGGUCACACUUCAGGCCCAGCAGCAACCUGUGACCCUGCAGAAGCACAACUUGAGGGGGCUGUGUAUAGCACUGUCAAGCCCAGGGCCCUUCGGGGUGGGGCUGGCACCCCCACGGAAUACACUCCAGUGGCCUUCCCCAGCUCAGCAGCCUUGGAAAGCCCGGCAUGCUCCUCACCAGGUUCUGGGAGGCCCUUGUUGUCCCCGGUUGUCGCCCUCAGCACCGUAAGGAAAGCUAGCAACCCCUCCAGGAACUGCCCUGGGCCUGAGGCCUAUGAGGACGUAACAGACAUUGCAGUUCCAAGCCUGGGCCCCAGUGGCCUCCAGCCCAGCAGUGCUCUUGGCUUCAACAUUCGAAUUGGGAAACCAAAAGGUCCCCGGGAUCCACCAGCUGAGUGGACUCGAAUGUAGGAAGCCUGGCACAGAUUCCUGCUUUUCUGCCUAGAGCCCAGGCCCAUUAAGGGAAACAGAGGGUGGCAGGUGGGCAAUCAAAUUUGGGUUCACUUUUCACAAUAAAGUUUGCCCAUCCUGAA